AUGACAUACGACAAACCUUCAAAACAAUUCACCCUACGUACUCACCAACCUGGUGACAUGGGCUAUAUCACACAUCGCCACGCCAUCAUCUACGAAGAACAAUACAACUUCAACACCAAAUUCGAAUCUUUGAUAUCAAGAAUCACAGCAGACUUUCUCGACAACUUCAACCCAGACCUUGAGCGCUGCUGGAUUGCCGAGAACAAUGGCGAAUUUCUCGGCUGCAUCAUGCUAGUCUCCGAUAAAAAACCAAAUACAGCAAAACUUCGACUUCUCAUGGUAGAAGAGAGCGCACGUGGUCUUGGUGUUGGAACAGCUUUGAUCCAAGCUUGCAUUGACUUUGCGAAAGAGGCUGGGUACGAGCACAUUGAUCUCUGGACGCAGAGUGUGCUGGAGGGAGCGAGGCGUUUAUACGCGAGGGCUGGGUUCAAAAUGAUUGAGACCCAACCUCAUAGUGAUUGGGGAGUUGAUCUGGUGGGCGAGUUCUGGAGUUUGAAGUUGUGA